CGUGAGGUGGCUAAGAUGGCGGCGCCCUGUUGAGUGCAGUUGCUUUAACGGUGGUGCCUGGAGACUGCGUCGGUGGGCAGCCCGGGGACCCUAACUGCAGGCAGAGAGAGUGAAAGCCCCUCCCCCUCCAUCUGGUCACACCGCCAUCAGCACCACCACCAUGGCCAGAGAACAGCUCAACGUGGGCGACCUGCUCCCUCUGCUGGAGACCUCUGAUCUCCAGCAGCUUGAGGAAAUUAAAGGUCUCAUUAACGAGCACCUCAGUACAGAGCGAGGGUCCAUGCUCCUGAACGGUUUGGUGGAUUAUUUCCUGGAGACCAACUCAAGUCCAGCACUAAACAUUCUGUGUUCAGUCAGGGAGCCGCAUGACAAGCAUCUUUUUGAUAAGAUGAACGAGUGCAUGGCCAAGCCGGUAUGUCGUCUGCCUACACUCAACCUCCUGGGCCAUGUGGUGCGCAAACAGCCGUCCUGGAUUCACAAGAUCGCCCGCUAUCCUCUUCUGCUCUCGCUGCUUAAGUGUCUCAAGACGGACACAGACGUUGUGGUUCUCAUAACUGGAGUUCUGGUGCUUGUGACGCUGUUACCCAUGAUCCCUCAGGCAGGGAAGCAACAUCUGUAUGAGUUUUUUGAUGUUUUUGGACGUCUGGCUGCCUGGAACUUAAGGAACCCAGGCCACGUUUCGGAGGUGUUCCUGAUCCAUCUCCAUGCCAGCGUCUACUCGCUCUUCCACCGGCUGUACGGCAUGUACCCCUGCAACUUCAUCUCCUACCUGCGCUCUCAUUACAGCAUGAAGGAGAACAUGGAUACGUUCGAGGAGGUGGUUAAGCCGAUGCUGGAACACGUCCGCAUACACCCUGAAUUAGUGACUGGAACUAAGGACCAUGAGCUGGACCCUACCAGAUGGAAGAGGUUUGAGAUCCAUGACAUCGUGAUUGAAUGUGCCAAAGUGUCUCUGGACCCUCGUGAAGCGUCCUGUGAAGAGGGCUAUGCCACCCUGCCUGAGCACUUCUGUGCCAACCUGCACAUGCGUGCCCCUGAUUGCACUGCCAGUCCCUACACUGACCUGCACAGUAGCUAUGGAAGCUCAUCCUCCAAUCAUUUUUCCACACCACGACAGUCUGUCCUUCCUCCUUUGCCCCUGUCCUCUCUCUCAGGGACACAGCUGGCUCAUCGCAGUCCGCCCAGCACCCAUCGGCCGAGCUCCACAUGUGAAUUCAACUUUAUCUAUGGCGCUAAGGACGUCCUCUGGAGUCCCUCUUCCCUCUGUGGGAUGGCCACGCCACCUUCAUCAAGAGGAAUGUCGCCGAACCCCGAGCUAUCCCAGAGUGCCUUUCACUUAUCUGGUCGCUUUUAUAGCACACCGGGAGGUAGUAAAGGUACCCCAUGUUCCAGCACUCCAGCAGCAUCGUCUCCUCCUCCCAGUCUGUCAGAUGAGAUACCUUCUGCUACCUUAACCCAUAGUACGCCUAGCCUGCAAUGGAAGGACGGUAGACCCAUAGACCCCACCAAACCACCCUUGUUGAGACAGGAGCAAAUCCGAGAUCUUGAGAAAUCAGGGAGUGACGUGACCAAUCACAGAGAUGGUGGGGCUAAGAACGUGUCCAUGACACUGACCGAGUUAUCCGUCUACAUGAAGGAGCAGGAGCAACUGCGGCUGGGCAAAGAGAGGGAGGAGGCUGCUAUCACAGAGGAGCUGAUGAAGCUGACUGAGGAGAAGCGCGACACAUCUGGUGCACGUGGAUUCGAUUCGCCCUUCUACCGCACAACAGAGACUCUCACUGGUGCCCAAGAGAAGCCUCCACCGACUUUCACACACCUUCGCGACCCCCACCAUGCUAUCUCCACACCAGAUAAAAUCGAGAUGCGAACCGGGUGCAGAGGCCCAGUCAGCCGUGCAGCUUCUCAAGAGCAGCCUUGGUCCUUUCAGCCGCUCUUCACCCCGAUAGAAUUGCGCCACCACAGCCCCAGCGCAGAGGAUGAGGCUCUGAAAAAUACACCACACUCUCCCAGCCCGGGCACAGCAUCAUCAUUAUCACUGCCUUAUGAGGCUCUCUUCAACCUGGCGCUGCCUCGCGCCGCUUCGCUGUUUAUGGGCCGCAAGAGCUCAGAGGCACUGGAUAGAGCGGCCGUGCAAGGCAUGGUUGGAGGGGCGGACGAAGGCCAUGGAGUAACAUCAGCUUCUCCUCUAGAGGUGCUCGAUCGCCUGGUGCAGCAAGGCAACGAUGCUCAUGACAGGGUGCUGAAGAGAUUACCCCUGCCAAGCAAGUCAGCUGACUGGACUCAUUUUGGAGGGUCGCCUGGAGCCUAUCCCACGAGACUUAGGGCACAAGGUUCUGCACCUCUGGAUGAGCUGCAGACACUGCGCAGUCAGCUGCUGUUGCUGCAUAACCAGCUGCUGUAUGAGCGUUAUAAGCGUGAGCAACACGCUGUGCGAAACCGCCGCCUGCUGCGCAGAAUCAUCAAUGCCACAGCACUGGAGGAACAGAAUAACGCUAUGAAGGACCAGCUGAACCUGCAGUGUGUUGAUAUCAUGUCUCUGCGUGAGAGCCUACACAUGGAACAGCAGCGCUACCGGCAGCUCUGGGAUGAACGGGAGACCGUGGUCACAUGCCUUCACAGUCAGAUCCGCCAACUUCAGCAUGAUCGCGAUGGCUACUACACCAAAUACCAGGAGUUACAGAGUAAAAUGCAGGAGUGCCAGAAGAGGAUGGGGGAAAUGGAGGCUGAGCUUCAGAAGGCAAAUAACAAGGUGUGCCAUACAGGGCACCAGCUGAAUCAGCUCACUGCCAAGUUGUCUUCAAGCGAGAGCACACAGCAGCAGUUGAGCUUCAUGAGCAGACAGUUGCUUCUGUUGGGAGAAGCCCAUAAACUGUGUGUGCACGAGCUUCAGCAGGCAGGCCCAGACCUCAGCAAGGAGGUGCAGAUGGUGCAGGCGUCCUUGAUGAAGGAGGUGGAGAGGUUGAAGCAGAAUCUGCUGCUGCAGGGUCAGAAGCUGGAUGCGGCACAUCAGAGAGUGGCCGAGCUAGAGACGCAACUGUCCAAGAAAGAGCACCUCAUCGCAGAGCAGAAGAAAUUCCUUGAGGACGUCAAAGGACAGGCUAAGGAGGAGUUAAAGGCUUCGGAAAGUAGGUACCAAGCACAGAGACGUGUGACUCAGGCCCUGCAGAUGGAGCUGUUGCAGUUUUACAGCAGGCUAGAGACGGAGGCUCCCGCUGCGGCUAGUGCAGCUUCAUCAGCAGGGGAAGGCGCGGAGCGCUGCUGUCCCACACAGACCAGCGUGGUGGCAUCAGAUGGACCAAGUAAAACAGCUUCUAAAGAGUGUGGCAAGUCAUCACCACACAGGAACGGCUUCUCAUCAGGUCAAGCCAGAGCCGGCUUCUCUGACCCCAAGUCCAAAUCCAUAAACGGCAGUCGAGCCACGCCUCCACCUAUGCUGGUUGAGCCGCCUCCUGCUUGCCCUGUGGUGCCCGCCUCCACCCCUUCCCUCACCGUCGGCUCCUACCCCAGUGCCAAGAGCUUCCUGGGAAUGCGAGCACGGGAACUCUUCCGCAACAAGAGCGAGAGUCAGUGUGAUGAGGAUUACACUCCCUGCCCACAUCUCACUGGUGUAUCACAGGGCCUGAAGCCUGACGUCUGUCUGGAACCUUCUGUAAAGACUGUAGUAAAGACGGGUCCCGCCUCCACCAGACAUGGCCAUGCCUCCAACAUGGCUGCUAAAGAGCCUGAUGUCUUGCAGCGGGCAUCCAGACGGGAAGCAGGAUGGCGGAGACAUCAGCAACAGCUACAUAUCAUGGACUAUAACGAGACCCAUCAGGAGCACAGCUAGAGAGAGAUGAGCAUGUCACUUACAGAUGAAGGAAGCUGCAAGCUGACACCAGAUUAUGCAGGAUUCUUGGUUUCAGUGUUCAUACCGUUUCUUCAAGUGGACAACAGGAUGUGGAAAUUACACCUCACGUCUCUCAUCUCCAAAUUGGACCGGGGACCGAACUUGAGUGUCUUUCUGUGUAGAGAUAAAACCUCUCUUUAUUUUCUCCCUCGUUUUCAGUCUUAAAAAACGUUCCAUCGAAUUAGCAGUAUCAUGGAGUGCCAGUCUUUAGUGCAGUGUUGAGUGGGAAUGCUUUUGUGGUUAUGAGUGCCUCCAUGGUGGGAUGGUGUGGUAAAAGAACGAUUGGCCUUCUUGUGUCAAGGAGGAACAACGAUGUGUUUUUGACUCCUUAAACAGCUUAUUGUCUUAAAACCCACUGAUUUAAAAAAAAAAAAAUUAUUUAUUAAUUUUUUUAACGUGCUGAAACCAUGCAUAUCGCAUGUGUAAAAGAAGGAGAGAACUACGAAGUUUUUUUUUUAUAUUGCUAGAAUUUAUAAAUUAAUUAUCUUUUUUUUCACUCUUUUUUUUUUUUUUUUUUUUUUUCCUUUCAUAAUGUCCUGCCUUUUAAGAAGUAUUAAGAUCCAUGAAAAGCAAGAAACUAAGCCCUAAACCUUUAACAAGUAAAAAGCAAUGUCAGUUCAGGCAACACAAUCCCAGUAACUUAGGUCUUAGGGGCAUAUAAAGCUUUUUUUCACAACGCAACAAAAAGUCAACUUUAUGUUGCUAAAUACACAUGCUGAAUAUAUAGUUACCCUUCUUGUCCAGAUAGCAUUCAUGUCGAGACACAGGGGCCCCCAGAGCUCUCUGAACUGGUCUGAAGUUGGUCCAAAUCUCAAAUGGUUUUCUUUUUACUGUAUGUGCUCACUACAUAGGGUAGAAUACGAUGAUGUCAUGCACUUAUGACAAGGGAACCAUUUGAGAUGCUUUAAAAAAAACUUGCAACUCCUUGGAUUAUCUGGGUAUGUUUGUGAUAAACAUGCGCUCUGAUUUUACUGGGACUAAAGUUUUGGCACCUUUGACGUUUGGGCUGCCUGCCACUAUUGUAGCAGGCUGUGGCUUUAUCUUAUAGUCAGUUUAGAGGGAGUCAAGUGACUGUGCAAUAUACUUCACUAAUGAAUAAAAUGCCAGAAAAAGAUUUUUUUUUUAAUAUAUAGUAUUUUAUUAAAUGGCAAAUAUCACUAGUUACCUGAACUCCAGAAUCCUUCUAUUCUCACUGUUAAUUUUACAUGAACCAAAACCAACAGAGGUAUUCAGUCACUAUAUGAAUAGUAAUUGGUUAGGAUUUGGUGCCAAAUCGAGCUGUUUUAUCUCUUAAUAUUUUUUACAACUAAAAUAUGACCUGGUUUACAUGACAUACAUGACAUCAGACUUGAACCUGAGAAAUAACUCUUUGCAGGACAAAAAGUAUUGAAUAUCCUCAGAAUAAGUAUAGUAACACCUCAACAACACACUUCAGAGUCAGAACCUUACUGGGUUAUAAUUCAGAAAGCAAGCAGAAAAAACUGCUGAGCCCAUUGUGUAGUCAUGUAUUUUAUUACACUUUUCAGAUUUAAAAUGCUGGUUCUGAAAAUAUUCUCGUUUAUAUAUAGCGCAAGACGUUCUAAUGAUACUCUAAAUAGGGAUUACAUUAUUAAGGUAUGCUGAGAAACUAAUGCCAUGGUUGUAAAAAACAAAAAUCAGGAAAAGAAAUGAAAUUCCAACAUCCAGUCAAUAGUAUAAAUUAAAUUGAUAUUUCCUGAGAUAGUUAGAAAGGUGGACUAUAAUUCAUCAUAUCAUAUUCAUCAUAUCAGUAUUAAUAUCAAUAUAGCGUCAAACUGUUGCCUACAACAAAUGAGAGCCAAUCAGAAAGCAUUUUCUUACAUUUCAGAUCUAUUUUGCCAGAGCAAAUCGAUACUUCCGUUCAGUAAAACUGACCCAAAUGAACACUGUGAUUUUUCUUUAAAAAAUAAUUUUCAACCACAAAUUACUCCAUGCCAUUAUUUUAGUGCAUUGAAAAGGUUUUAUGUUUAAAGUAAAAAAAAAAAAAAUAGCUGUAUUUUUCUAUCCCAUCCAGAUUUUAAUGAAGGAGCACAAGAAGUACACCAGUUUUUAAUUAGAUUUGUGGAAAAAACACUUUGGUGGGGGCAUGAAGAUGAUGAUGGCAAAAAUCAUGCAUAUACCAACAUGUCAAGCAAAAAAGCUUUAUUCCUUUUAUAUCACAGCAAUUUGCCAACUGUUACAGUAUUUAUUCAUUAAUAACCAACGCGUUGUAAUUUUAAUUUAUAGUUAGGGUUACAGUUAAACAGUUGUUGUUCUCACUUGUCCUAGCAGCUGUAAAGCCGUUCCCUUACCAGCGUGUCUUUAUACCUUUUGAAGUUAAUAAGAUGCAGAACACCAAUCCUUGGUCCUGUUUUUUUUUCGUGGUGGAAAACUUACUGUUACUAGUACUAAAUACUUAUUUCAUGAUCUUUCUUUCUUCAUUAGCUAUUCUCAUAGUUUUUUUUUCAUUCCCAUUAAUUUUUUUCAUGUUCAUGCAAGUUCGUUCUUUUUUUUCUUAUACAUAUUUGAUCAUUUUACUUUUGAACUGCAAAAUAACACUCCAGUUUAUUAUAAGUCUUGGAUCAUGUGUUGUGUCGUGUCUGUUAUAGCCACAGCCAGAGCUGCAGUGACAUAAAAUUACACCAUACAAAAACCUUCUGACCAAUCAGAUUUGAGAAUUAAUCAGCGCUACAGUACAGUAAUUAAAUGAACUUGGCAUUAAUAAAAACUACCAUGUAUGCUAUCAAGAUAACGGUCUAAAUAAGUAUAAAGGUCUAAAUAAGUGAUGGAUUGAUGUUUCCUUCAGUCUUGCAAAGACGUGCUGGAACACAGGGGUAUCUGCGAUAUUUUAAGUUUUCCACAGAAACGUUUUGUGUGCUGAUUAUCAGCACCUGUCGACUUUCAAUUUCCGUCUAAUCCAGUAUGAAUGAAUGGACGGUCCUAUCAGUGUUUUUAUUGGACGUUUGCUAAAUCAAUAAUGGCUGCAGCACAGUCACGAAGGCACAGGACAGCACACGGACGUGCUCCACCACAAGGCACGAGGUCACAUCUGUAAGUGCUGGUAUUUGCUGUAGUAAUGACAUGAUGGUGGACUUUGUCUCUGUUUGAACUGCAGAAAUCCUGUUGUCCUCUUGACAUCUGCUGUCAUCCCUUCUGCCUUGCUAUCUACAGCAUGUACAACUUAAAUGCCAACAGGAAGUGACACGGCAAGAUGGACGGUACAAUCAGUGAGCUGAAUGGAGCAGGCCAUUUGGACCUCCUGUGAUGGAGGGAGAAGUUCUAAAAGCAUUAGCUUGUGUUGACUGUGAAAGAUGAAAAUAAAAUCUUCAUGUUUUGCACUAUA